AUGCAAUGCGCGCCUCCCCCCUCACGUGACACUAAUCACACCAUUUUCAAUAUGGCGGACGAAGUGUUCCAAAGUGACACUAAAUGUUUAGAUCAGUAUGAUUAUUUUUUUCGUCCUGAUCUUCUUUCUGGUAAAGUGGCGUUUAUAACUGGAGGUGGCUCGGGAAUUGGUUUUACCAUUACUGAAGUGCUGAUGAGGUAAAAUACCCGUUUAAAGUUCAGCUUAAUUAAUGUAACGGAAAGUGGAUCCGGUUUUUCCAAAAUUAAACAAAACGUAAGCUUAAAAUGAAGAAUUUGUAAGGCUUAUUUCAGUAACUUAUAGGAAUGCCCAGUAUGCUGGGUGAUUUUCCAGUCAACAAAAUGAAAUCGCUCAGGCAGUCUUUGUCCCAAAACUAGCUAGAGGAUUUUUCAUAUAGCAAUCCUGGAAAAUGGGGGUGGGGUAUUCAACUCACGUUACAUAGGGGGGCCGCUACGCUUACAAAGCUUCUCAGGAUUAGGUGAGGAAAUAGUAACAAACAACAGUAAUGAUGGACCUCAUCCCUAAAACAAUAGAAUACUGUCAUUCCCAGACCCACAAUCCUUGCUGACCUGUGCGAUGGAUCAAGAUGAAUGUUCUGUUUUUAUUCUGCCUGUGCCUUGGAUCAAGAUGAACAUUCUGGUUUUAUUCUGAAAGACCCCCGCUCCUUGUGGAUAAGCAGAUUCCUACCACCUCCCUUUUUUUUCAGGACCCUUUGAAAAAAGUUUCCUUCCCCUCCCCCACACUCAUUUUUUGUCAGUCCCUUUGAAAACAGACUACAACUAGUUACCUGCUGAUAAGGGAAUUGGAGUAAAAGUGAAAUGCUUAGGCUGAUUCCGAAACAGGAAUUCCGCUAAUUGCAGACUUCCAGCUUGCUAUGCAUCCUUGGAAAUUCGAAACAAUAACCUUUACCAACUUACAUGCAUGCAAACAUGGUGGCCACUGCUCUUCCGCAUUAUCCUGGAACCAGCCAGAGCUCUUGAUCCUUGGCGUUUGCAAAAAGAAUCACUACUCUGAGAACAAGAUUGACAAAAGAGCUGCAUGGAAUCAAAGAUCCAAUGAAAUUAGAGCUGCACAAAUGUUUUAUUAUUACAGACAGCUGCUGGACCCUUUUAGUAUCCUUAAUAGCAAGAUCAGUCUGUAAUACUGGGGGACUAUGUCAGUGAAAUGUCUGUGAUUUAUUUUUGUCCAUAUUGUCAGAGUGGCAUUAAUAUCACAACAACAUUAAAGGAGCUGUGUCAUGGUAAAAUUCAGCCAAAUUAGGAAAUUACAAAAUACCUGAUAAAUUAAGUGAAACCUAAAAAUAACCGCUUAAAACUUUAAAGGAAGGUUAAAAUAACCUAACGGAAACAACAGAUGCCAAGGAUGGGCAAAACUGAAGAAGAUUGAAACGGGUGGGUUUUUAAAAACAGCUGUUCAGCCUAACAGUUUUUCAAAGUUGAUCCCUGCUGCUUGCAACUUCAAAAAUAAUGCUAAUGAGACAUAUUUCAUUGUCACGGAUCUCUGAUUUUGUCAUUUACAUGUAAAUUCUUUGUUUACUUUAAGUUCGAUAGCAAUUGAGGGUGAGUAAUGGGCGAAAUUGAACAAAAUGAACUGGACUGCCGUGACACAGCCCCUUUAAACAUGGACAACAGAAACAAUAACACAUGCACAGUACAAUCGACCUAAUUAAAUUAUUCUCUCAAGGCACCUAAUCCAUUAGAUCUCCACAUUGUGACAGUAUCUGGAGUAGAUCUUAGGGUGGAUCACCAGAUCACUAAGCUAAUUUCAAAAUGAUGACUGCAACAGAAGAGUUGUAAGCAGCAAGUUGAUGGCUGUGUAAAAUGGCUUGGAGUUCCAACUUAGUCAGGCAUACUAACAAGAAUUAUUUUUAACAAAUAAAUAAAAUGAUAAUAUUGCAUUUCCUGUUAACAGGCAUCAGUGUGCUACAGUGAUUGUAGGUCGAAACUUUGACAGGCUUAGAAAGGUAAGUUUUUCAGGUUGCAAAAUCAUGUUAUUUGCAUUUAAAUACUGCAGAUUUCAAAGUUACUGAGAUGGUAGUUAAGAAGUUACACUGAGAUUGUAACUAUGGUCAUGAAAGUCUCCAUUGAUAUUGUAUGACCACCUGUGUGGAUCCUGACCCUUUAAUGGUCAUAGACUACUUUGACACAGACUGUUACUUGUGAGGGGGAGGGAUCUUCCAAGUUUCCUAAAAAAAGGUACUGAGAUCCUCAUGCAUCACUGAUAUAUUCAACACCCAUGUGGAUGCAUGCCGGGUCUGCACAAUCUGUGAGCCAACGAACCAUGCGAGCCAUGGGAAAAAAAAAAGAGUUUUAUGAAAUUUUAAAUGCAUGAAAAAAUAAUGUUUCCUGCUUAGUUCUGAAGUUUUGCUGAUGGAAUAUUUGCAGAUUUGCAGAGUUACACAGUAUUGAUUGACUUUCACUGAUUAGGGUUAAGCACUCAGUUAACUGACUAGGGUUAAGCACUUACUUUACGGAUAAUUUAGGGUUAAGCGCUCUUUAAGGUUAAAAAUGUUUUUAACAGAUGAGUGUUAAGCCCUCAUUAAACAGAUCAUUUACAACAGCUACCUUCCGUUUUUUUUUUUUUUUUCAUAUUUACUGCUUUUUCGAUUUCUUUAGCAUGGCUCACAUGGCUUGCUGGCUCAUACCUCUUGUGACUUAAAUUUUGUAAUUUAUACCUUUUAUUACCUGUGCAGGUGGGAGGGAUCUUUCAAACCAUACUCAAAUGAGCAUGAUUGAGUUAGUAGAACAGGCCAGAGUAAAAUGCCAAAAAAAUGUUACAGUGACCUGAAAACUCUACUGAAAAUUUUGUUCCACUACCCACCAGCACUUUAAAUUCCUCCUCAGGGUUUCCUCUAACUAACUGCUUAAUCAACAAAAAAGGGUGGGAAGGAAAACAGAUAGGGAGAGAAACUAAAAGGUGUAGGAAGAAAAACUGAUAUCACCCUGAAACCCAAAAAUUUCUUUUAAUUUGCCCUCUGGUUAGCAAAUAAUUAUUCAUCAUAAUUUUCCUGUUAUAUUAUCAUUUUAGGCUGCUAAGAAGCUGGAGGAUCUGACCGGACAGAAAUGUGUCCCAAUAAAAGUCGAUGUUAGAAAGGUAAUUUGUCUCCUUUAAAGGUAUUGUUUAAAUCAGUGUUGUUAUGAUAUUGGCCAUGAAACACUCAAGUUUUUUUGAACAUCUUAGUAUGUGUAAUCAAAUGGUGAUGAGUGAAAUUAGGGAAUAAUUUCAAGUGCAUUUUGUCCAAAUCCUUAUAAUUUCCCAAGCCUUUAGGCCUUUAGGUUCAGGAAAUUAUAAGGACAAAACGCAAUUGAAAUUAUUCCCUAAUUAUUUCAUGAGUAUACCAUUUGAUUACCUAUUAAUAUCAUGGGUGACGAAUUACAUUAGCAAUCAAGGAUUUUUGACUUGUUUAUCCUGGAUCGUAUCGAUUGAUUGUGAACUCCACUCUCUCAAACAUUUAGAGGUAAAAUUUGGCUUAAGUUUUCAGAAUUUUUCGACAAAAUACCUCUAAGAAUCCUUCUUGAUGUGCUCUUUCGUGUGUUCAGGUUUUCUAAAGUGUCUUUUUGUGCCCUGACAUCUUCAUUCAUGACAUUUUAAAACUUCCUCGCCAUCUUGAAACGGAGACGUACAGCAGGUUGCCAUGGCAAUUUAGUAAUUUCACAUGUGCAUUUACAAAUUAAUAAUGGUAAAUGAACUGAGUGGAGUGCAAUUUGGUCUGAAAUCAUACGUGUGAUUUCAAAAUCGAACGAGCGCGCAGCGCAAGUUCGAUUUGAAAUCACAAGUAUGAUUUCAGACCAAAAUUGCACCACACGUUUAAGUUAAUGGUGAAAUAAUGUAGGUAAAACUUUAGGGUCUUAAAUCAGUCAUGAUUAUAAAAUAACUAGCUCAUCGGGGUUUGUUAAAAAACCGAAACAAAAAGGCUUUAUCAUCUCAUUUUGUAUUCGCAACAGAAAUGAUGCGAUAUAGAACAAAAAUGGUGCGAUUUAAAACAGAAAUGAUGCGAUUUAGAACAUGAAUGACGUGAUUUGGAACAGAUUCGAUUUAGAGCAAAAAAUUGUGCGAUUUAGGAAUAAAUCACACUGCUGAGAGCCAAUCAGAUUGCAAGGAUAGCCAGUGAUUUCAAAGUGGAUGUAAUAAACGCUGAAAUUUCACGCCAAAAUUAAGGAGUAAUUUAUUCUUCACCUAUGAUAUUAUACUAGAAAAUACAUGUAAUGGCGCAUGCACAAAGUAAAGGACCCUUUUUUUGUCAGGUCAAUGAAAUAGAGAAAAUUAUACCAGUCGUUUAUCACAGCUAGCACAGUUGAGUGAGCAUUAACUAUAUCUCUGCUAGUUUGUUAAAUGCUAGGUAAAUGAAGUUGAAGCAGCAGUGGACAAAGCUCUGGAACUGUUCUCACGAAUAGACAUCUUGGUCAAUGGUAAGAGUGUGAAUAUUUUCACAUUUCCAGACGUGCUUACAUCUAGAAAAAGCACCAACUUCUUAUUCCUGGUGGAAGAAUUUGAGCUAAUACAGCAGCGUAACUACCACAUAAUUUUUCAAAAAAAGUCAGAAACUAAAAUAAGCUCAAACCAAUGCAAGAAGAUAAAUGACUAUAUGAAGGCCUUUCUCCCCAGUUUCUCUGAUUGUAGAAGUCUGUAUAGGCUUGGGAACUUGGGAAUUUUUCAGUAUGUCAUCUGAAGUCUUUGGAUACCCUCAGGUGUGAUUGGGUAACGUCUACAAAAAAUCCAAUAGAAUUGUCAGUGAAAAUAAAAAUCUAAUGCCUUAAUGCCCCCUAAGAGUCCUGUGUACAUACAGGUGUUUUAAUACUGUUUUGAGUCACGUUAUCAUGUCUAUAGUGCUUGUGCUAUCCUGGUUUAUACAUAGGACAUUUGACAUAGAUGCAAGCAUAUGUCCAAGGCACCUCAGAAAUAAGAAAUAAAUAAAAUGUAGUUUUAGUGCUUUAUGUAUCUCAAGCAAAUGUGAGAUAAAAUUAAAAGAGCAUGUUACCAUAACUUUUACUUCACAGUUGUAGAGAAAAAAACUCAUGAUUACUUUAUGAUUACUUUGGAUUUUUUUCCUCUCAGGAGCAGCAGGAAAUUUCCUUUGUCCUGCAAGCAAGCUCUCUUAUAAUGGAUUGAAAACAGGUACUUAAGUUAAGUACACGUAGAUUCAAGGCAAGUAAAAAGGGUUUAUAGUGUCCUCAUUAGCGAGAGUCUGUAAUAGAGGGAGAUCGAGUUUAUAUCAGUCAAAUGUCUGCAAUUCAUUUUUGCCUGGGAUCUAGCUGCUGUCCAUAUUAUCAGGGUGUCCACAAUGCAAGAGUUGACUGUACAUGCAUUUUGCUACCAGUAAUAUUAUUUUAUUCUUCUCUGCUACUCAAUUUACUAGCAUCCCGUGGUAUUUUUUUGUUGUUGGAAUAUUUAGCUCUUGUUAACCGAGCAGGAGGUCUGUAUGGGAAAAUCUUGACCGAGGUCGCCAGUACAGACCGAACGCAGUGAGGUCUGUACCAGCGACGAAGGUCAAGAUUCUCCCAUACAGACUGACCUAGCUCGGUUAGUAAGAUGUUUAUUAUAUGGCCAAACAAGAAAGCAAAGGAACAAAAACAACAAUUUCGACUUCAUCUUUGCUCGUAGCUUCCUCGGCAGGACUCAAAUUUGGCAACAUUUGCUCUUUUUCUAUACCUGCUUCCUUGUGAAGGUCCAUUUAGUAUUAUUAACAGGAACAAGCCAAUUUUUUCAUAUUCUUUGUUUGUAACUUUUUGAGGACAACUGUUACAACAAGAUCGGUCUAGAUGCCGGUCUAGAUGGGAAAAUCUAGACCGCGGUCAAGAUCGAUUUUAGCCAAUCAAAUUCUUGAAUUUGUUUGUUUCCAGUCCUUUUGAGACAUGGCCAUAUAAUAAAGAGCCUUAUUUCAGGUUAUGUUGCUACCUGUUCUUAUCUGCUGUUAAUACAGUUGCACCUCUAUUAAGCAGCCAGUAAUCAGAGUCCUGAAAUAAUAUGCAGAAAAGAAAGGAAAAUUAAACCUCUAUUAAGCAGCCACCUCCAUCAAGUGACUGCAGCCACCUUUUGGUCAUCCCUGACUGAGUUUUUCUAUUGCUGUCCUCUCUUCUUAGUGGUCAUCAAAUUCUUGAUACACUUAGUUUGUCUUUGUUUUAGAAUAUAUAGGAUGAAGGAAAAUUUAGUCGGAGAUAGUAGGUGACAACUUUUUUGCUGCUCCUGUCGCAUGUUUGUACUAAUUUAUGAUGAGCUUCUAUUAAGUGGCCAACCUCCAUUAAGCAGUCACUUGCUGCUACCCGGAGAGUUGCCUGCCCCCAAUGGAGGUUCAAUUGCAGUAGUCUGUAAUGUUAACGAAUUAAGGUUCUCCCAGUAUUUUUGGUGACUGGUGCAAUUUUGUUCUUUCCUUGCAGUUAUUGAUAUAGACACACUUGGAACAUUCAAUGUGAGCAAAACAGUUUAUAACAAAUUUUUCAAGGUAUGUUUGUUAUCUUGUUUUAUUGCACUUUAAUGUAAAGCUUAGCUAAAGGAACUACGACAUUAAUAGAUUAUUCUCUGCUCAAGAUUAUUCAGAAUGUUGUAGGGUGUGUUCUAUUGGCAUGAUCUGGGUUAGGACCAGUAAUUCAAGAUGAAUCAUAGCACAUCAAAGGAACCAUCGAAUCCUCCCUGGGAAAGGAUUCAUUGGUUCAUUAAUUUGAUGUACCAGUGAUCUCAGAUCAAGGAUCCUGAUCCGGAUCAUCCCAAAGGAACACACCUAUACAUGGUUUCUUGAAAUUUUUAUGUAUACAGGAGAAUGGUGGUGGAAGCAUCAUCAACAUUACUGCUACGCUUCAUUACAAUGGAACUCCUUUCCAGGUGUGUGGUUGAAUUUGUUCUGGUAGUGGUAUAUUUAGUUAAUGAUUUAUUUUUUCAGCACAAUGAUUAUGUGGGAAAUCAAGCAGACUUAAAUAAUUAUAAUAUUUUACUGGAAAACUAUUUUCACUGCAGAAUAGCACUUAACAGUCACAAUCCAUUCUUUAUACCUUUUAUAAUUCUUUUUCUUUUUAGUUAAAUUAAAGUUGCACAGUUCAAGGCUCUUUGAUUUGCACUUUUUUUCUGUCGUUAUUAGCCAUUGUAGGCUUUUCUAGCUAUUUUAGGCUCUUAAUUAAGUUAUCCAAGUAUCAAGUUCUUCUGUCGGCUGCAAAACUGUUACUCUUUUAAAAGACAUUAAAGAAAAUAACUCGCAAAGGUUACAGUGUCCACUGUAAAAGCAUAAAUUCCUACAGGGCAUUUGAGCGCAAGAUAAACAACUACUUUUUAUCACAUCUCCUUAAUCUCAGUCAAUGUCUUCUCACUUUCUACAAUCCUUUUGUUCAAAGGUCAUGCUCAUUCUUACAAGUAACAAUAAUGACGACGACGGCAGUGAAAACGUCACUAAACAAAUGAAUUUCCCUUCUUUCAAACUUUAGCGCGUCUAUUUGGACCUGCUCAAUAUGUCAAAUGUAGGCGAUUUUUCGGGGAGUUGAAUUCUUAAGGACUUUAUAUCCAGGCUCAAAAAUGGAAAGGAAAAUUGAUCAUCGUAUGUCCACGUCCUCCAAAAAACGUCGCAUGAGAAGGUUUCACGUCGUAGUUGUGCAGUAAUCGUCAAAGAAAUGUACAAAAAAUAUUAAUGCACGUGCAGAGCUGUUGUUUUGCUGAAAAUAAUUAUUUUUUUGACGUUGUCGUUGUCUUGUCGUGGUGAUGGUUACUUAAGCUCCCUAGUACUAGUGGCAGAUCCAGGGGGGCUGGGCCGGGGGCUGCCUCCCCCCCCCCCCUGCCCGAAGGUCUGGAUCUACCACUCUUUACUGUAUCAAGUCAAGUUGUUCGGGGGCCAAAUUUGAAAAAGUUUUGUUCCACAACACAAGACCAUUUUUAAGAAACAAUUAUAUAUAAGACGAAUGUAAAUGUAUAGUAUAGGAAGUCUCACUUGACUUGUUGUUUUAAAAGUUUGAUUCUUCCUUUAGUGUCAUGCUGGAAGUGCUAAAGCAGCAAUUGGUAAGUAAAGAUACAACUAUAUUAAAUUUGUAACUGGCCAUUGUGGCAGUGAAGCUAAUAAAAACAUAACGAAACCAAUUGAAUACCCCAGUUCCCUGAUGAUCUGCUCUUACGGGUUGUUUCGCUGCAUAUCAAAGUCAUUUCGCUACAAGUCGACGUUUCGCUGCGUAACGCGGCAGCCUUCUCGCGUCAGUUGGGAAAAUUAGCAAAUAACUUUGGUUUUAGCGUUGUUGUUCAAAAUGUAUAUUAACCUUAAGAUUGUAUUAGCGUGACUUAUAUCAAACUUAAUGGCACUUUAAGAGCCGUUUGUUCGUUAACUUAAUGCAUGACAAGUCGGAGACUACAGGAAUUCCCUACAGGAGUACAACUGAGAGCUUCAUUCUAUGGUACCACGGAGAUUUAAGUGGUCUACUUGUACUGUCAUCCCCACCCCUAGUCAGUAUUCUCCCUCCGUGUCGGUACCUCUUGUAUUGGAUUUGUUCCAACUAACUUGCGGAAACCAACCUGAUGAGCUCUGCCUGGUGAGUAGGGCUUCACAGUGGCAAAACGAAUUUGCAGCGAAACGACCGGACACUAGCUAAGGGUUUACGGUCACUGAGUCGCUCGAAAUCAGAGUUAUGUCGUCCGAAAUUUGUAGUCAAGUCGCCCGAAAUGCUGAGUUGUGUGGCUCGAAAUUUUAUCACGCUUAACCACAUCCUAGCACCUCUAUUACACAUUUAUCGCGCUUUUCUCGUCUCAUCGAAGAUUUAAGAAGAAGAUAUAUUACACGCACUCUUUAUUUGACAAAAAUUAACUUUGUUUCUCUGUGCACUUCACCUAAUACAAUUCGGGCGACAUGACUCAGCAUUUCGGGCGACUUAACUCUGGUUUUGGGCGACAUAGCUUCGGGCGACUUGAACGGUUACCUAGCCAUGCCCGUCUCAGAGCUUCUCUCUUCUACACGCAAUUUCCUCCCAUCCUUUUUUCGCCUUAAUCACGUAGGAAACAUAAUGAUUCAUCAUUAUUCUGUUAUUUGUUUUUGACCACCAGAGGGUAUGAUGAGACACCUUGCAGUUGAGUGGGGACCAGAUGGUGUUCGAGUGAAUUGUGUAUCACCAGGAGCUGUGACAGACACUGAGGGGUUUCGUAAACUUGGUUAGUUUGAUUUAUCUACUUCGAAAGGGAAACAAUAAAGCUUUUCCUCCCCCACCCCUACUAAGAAAUGUUGUGCCGCUGUUCAAGUUACCUGUAGGAAACAUCAAACACCCCGACUUUGAAAAGGAGUUUUAGGCAAGGAGCCCAGACUGUUUUGUUCUCUUAAGUAUAUUAAUCCAUUUGACGACAGUUUCUGAACACUGUCUUUUAUCGCCAGUUGUAGCAAGCUAAGUGACUGGAAUAUCAACAUGAAUUGGCUGUCAACAAUUUGAUAACUGUACCGGAUCGGUCAAGGAAUUCAUUGGAAUUAUUCUUGCUUCUGGAAAAAAUGGUCUAAAAGUUGCCCCUCAGCCAAAUUGAAAAACUUGUCCGUAAUGCGUUACUAGUUUUGUAGUCGCUUAUAGUUUACACUAUAGUUUACACUCGCUUGUGCUUUACAGUCGACUCCCUGUUAAUGGACACCACUAUAAGAAAGACAUCUCUCUAAGACGGACACUAGUGUUGACUGUAUUGUAAAACAACUAAAAAUACCAGUACAAGGGCAUAGCUAGGAUUUUUCGAGGGGGGGGGGGGGUCACACUGGGUCACACCCAGGGUAUUUCCCAGAUGGGUUUGUGGACAUCUCAGCCGGGUUUUACUAAAAGUUAAUUUUUUUGGGAGGGGCAGUGAGCGGGGGGGAGGGACAAGCCUACAAAAUAGCGGCGGAGAUGAAACCCAGGCAACAUAAACUACUCCUUCUUUCCACUCGCUGUUACUUUACAGUCACCCCCCUGUUAAUAGACAACAAAAAAAGAAAGACAUCCUGCUAAGCCGGAAACUGGGUUGGGUUGUAUUGUAAAAAAACUAAAAAAACCAGGACAAGGGGAUAGCUAGGUUUUUUGGGGGGGGGGGGGGGGUCACACUGUGUCACACCCAGGGUACUUACCAGAUUGGUAUGUGGACAUCUACGCCGUGUUUUACUAAAAGUUACAUUUUUUCGGAUGAGCAGUGAGCGUGGGGGAGGGACAAGCCUACAAAAUAGCUGCGUAGAUGAAAUCCACGUAACAUAAACUACUCCUUCUCUCUAUCUCGCGUUUUCGGCACCUGGGCCGGGUUGUUCAAAGCGGGGUUAAGAUAACCCAGGGUUUGUGUGAAAUUAAAAAGCAAGUUUAGUUUAAUUCCUUUGGUCUGCAAUUUGGUGCUUGGUUGCUCUAAAAAGAACAGGGCAAUUAUCCGAGGAAAUGCUUUUACACGAAAGGAAAAAGGAACCGGAUUAAAAUUUAACCCCGGGUUAGCGCUAACUGAUCUUCGAACAACUGGGCCCUGAAUUGUAGGGAUAUAAAACAACUAUCACACAAAGGCGGGGGGGGGAGGUCACAGGCACCUCAGGACCCCCCUAGCUACGUCGCGGCAGUAAACUUUCUUUAAGUCGUCGCUCAUUUUCGUGACAUUGUCACUGAAAGAAGUCGACUUUUAGAGGAGUCUAGGCACACGUGCAGAAAACUGGUUAGAAAUUUUAUUUUUUAAAGCAAUACACACGGAGGUAUAGGUCCUCGUCGAGAUAAUAACCUAGUGGUUUUACACCUGUAUAGUAAAAACCCGCAACUAACAACCUGGUUUUUAAGAACCUGUAAGGCUAAAAUUUGCCAGUUAGGCGCCCUCUAUACGAGAACCUGUUUAGCCUAAAAGCGACUAAAAUUUGAAACGAGUCGUUAUUUUCUAAAAAUCUAUAAACAAAAAUUCUGUACACUUGGGCAAAUAAGAUAAGUCAACAUUCCGAAUGUUGUUUGGAGACAUAGGUACCUUUUGACUCUAAUUACUAUGUAAUGUAUACAGGUUUUAUAUAAGGAAUGAGCUGAAUAUCGCUAAAUACUCUAAGUUACACUAUAUUUUUUUUUCUCCAGAAAAUAAGAACCUUUUUAAGAAUUGAAGUAGCCUAAAGUUGUGGUAGUUACCAUUUAUGUAAGAACUUGUUUUGGCUAACUUGAGAAAAUGCAGGUUCUUAGUCGAGGGUCGAGGGUGUAGGUCACCAAAAUGCAUGACCCUGAGAUUCCUAGGGAAAAUACAAUACCGUACAGAGACAAGACUAAAAAGGUUAAAAGUUAAUUUUAGAAGUUGUGUAGGAGUUGUCUGUACGAAUUGCUUUUAUUUUAACAGGGGGUAGGCACAUUCCACCAAACUAUGAAGAAAAUGUACCUUUACAAAGACUUGGUUCUCGCCGGGAUGUGGCAGACGCUACACUGUUUCUAGCCAGCGGUGCUUCAGCUUACGUCACAUCUAAUACCUUAAUAGUGGAUGGCGGCAGCUGGAUGACAGUUCCUGUUUCUUUGAAAAUGAUGAAGUCGAUGAAGGCGAUCAGCAAGCUGUGA